GUAUCCUACUGAAGGUCAAAAACGUACCUUCCUUUGGUAAAAGUGGAGAGGAGAAAUGGAUUAACCAGGGAGGAGUGUGCUGCUGUUGUGCUGCCUUACGUCCUCGCUACAAACGAUUGGUGGACAAUAUAUUUCCUGAAGAUCCAAAAGAUGGUCUUGUUAAGGCUGAUAUGGAGAAGCUGACAUUCUAUGCCGUGUCUGCGCCGGAAAAAUUGGAUCGAAUUGGCUCCUACCUGGCAGACAGACUGAGCAGAGAUGUUGUGAGGCACCGCUCUGGGUAUGUUUUAAUUGCCAUGGAGGCAUUGGACCAGCUUCUUAUGGCUUGUCAUUCUCAAAGCAUAAAGCCAUUUGUAGAAAGCUUUCUUCAUAUGGUGGCCAAACUGCUGGAAUCAGGAGAACCAAAGCUGCAAGUUCUUGGAACCAACUCUUUUGUCAAAUUUGCUAAUAUCGAGGAAGACACACCCUCCUAUCACAGACGUUAUGAUUUUUUUGUUUCUCGAUUCAGUGCCAUGUGUCAUUCCUGUCAUGCCGACCCAGAAACAAGGACCGAAAUUCGAAUUGCCGGGAUCCGGGGCAUCCAAGGUGUGGUCCGCAAGACUGUGAAUGACGAGCUGCGGGCAACUAUAUGGGAACCACAGCAUAUGGACAAAAUUGUGCCCUCACUACUCUUUAACAUGCAAAAGAUAGAAGACAAUGACAGCCGAAUAGGGCCACCGUCAUCUCCCCCAGGAGGAGACAAAGAAGAAAACCCCGCUGUGCUUGCAGAAAACUGUUUCAGAGAACUUCUAGGUCGAGCCACUUACGGGAAUAUGAACAAUGCUGUACGGCCAGUUUUUGCGCAUUUAGAUCAUCACAAACUCUGGGAUCCCAAUGAAUUUGCUGUCCACUGCUUUAAAAUUAUAAUGUACUCCAUACAGGCACAGUAUUCCCACCAUGUGAUCCAGGAAACCCUGGGACAUCUCGAUGCCCGGAAAAAAGAUUCCCCAAGGGUUCGGGCCGGUAUUGUUCAAGUUCUGUUGGAGGCAGUAGCCAUUGCUGCUAAAGGAUCCAUAGGUCCCACAGUGUUGGAGGUGUUUAAUACCUUGCUGAAGCAUUUGCGCCUUAGUGUGGAGCUGGAGGCAGGGGAUGCACGCAGCUCCGUGGGCAGUGCCAGCUUCAGUACCAGCUCCAAAGACAACGAUGAAAGGAUCGUCCAGAAUGCCAUCAUCCAAACAAUAGGAUUUUUUGGCAGCAAUCUUCCAGAUUACCAGAGAUCAGAGAUCAUGAUGUUCAUUAUGGGAAAAGUGCCUGUUUUUGGAACAACCACCCACACACUGGAUACCAGCCAACUAGGGGAUUUGGGAACCCGGCGGAUCCAGAUAAUGUUGCUGAGGUCCUUACUGAUGGUAACUUCAGGUUACAAGGCCAAGACUAUUGUCACUGCACUUCCUCCGCCAUUUCUUGAUCCCUUAUUGUCUACAUCACUCAUGGAAGACUAUGAAUUAAGACAGCUGGUACUGGAAAUAUUGCAUAAUCUGAUUGAUCGACAUGACAAUAGGGCAAAACUCCGGGGAAUCAGAAUCAUACCAGAUGUAGCCGACCUAAAGAUAAAAAGAGAAAAAAUUUCAAGGCAAGAUGCAAGUUUCAUGAAAAAGAAUGGUCAGCAGCUAUACCGGCACAUCUAUUUGGGCUGCAAGGAAGAGGACAAUGUGCAGAAAAACUUUGAGCUCUUGUAUACGUCUCUUGCUCUUACGACCAUUGAACUGGCCAAUGAAGAAGUGGUCAUUGACCUCAUCCGGGUAGCUAUUGCUUUACAGGAAAAUGCCAUCAAUAAUGAGGAUAACUUGCCCAUGUUCCAUCGCUGUGGUAUAAUGGCCCUGACUGCAGCCUAUCUCAACUUCCUAAGCCAGAUGAUCGCCGUUCCUGCUUUCUGCCAGCAUGUGAGCAAGGUUAUUGAAACACGGACCGAGGAAGCUCCUUAUUUUCUACCAGAGCACAUCUUCAAAGACAAGUGCAUGCUUCCAAAAUCAUUGGAGAAACAUGAAAAAAAAUUGUUUUUCCUGACUAACAAGAUUGCAGAGUCAUUAGGUGGCAGUGGGUACAGCGUGGAGAAGUUAUCAGUGCCAUAUGUCCCCCAGGUCACAGAUGAAGACCGACUCUCCCGAAGGAAAAGCAUCGUGGACACUGUAUCCAUCCAGGUGGAUAUUUUGCCUGGCAGCAACACUGACGAUACGGUUAGUAGCACAGAGGAAAUCACCUUUGAAGCACUGAAGAAAGCAAUUGACACCAAUGGACUGGAAGAGCAGGAAAAAGAGAAGAGGCGCCUUGUGAUAGAAAAGUUCCAGAAAGCCCCUUUUGAAGAAAUUGCAGCCCAAUGUGAAUCCAAAGCAAACCUGCUUCACGACAGACUUGCACAGAUUUUGGAACUCACCAUACGCCCUCCUCCGAGCCCGUCUGGAACCUUGACUAUCACCUCCGGGCACACCCAGUACCAGUCCGUCCCCGUCUACGAGAUGAAGUUUCCGGAUCUUUGUGUGUAUUGAGCAUCCUCCGAAGCCUGCCGCAUAAAGUAUUUAGCUUAAAGUACACAAAGCAAGACCGUCACACAUUUUCAGAUUCGAUUUCCUGGGCAUCCAAAUUAAGUUGCAGCCCAGUCCACGAUAGUCCGAUCAGAUUAGGCAUCUUUCAAACUGCAUUUCAUGUAGCGAAUCUGAAGCUUCAGAUACAUUAGAUCAGGCUAGCUAUUCCAUUUUAUUUCUAGUUAAAAGACUACAAAGAAAUUUUCCCCCUUGUGGUUUGUACAUUUCUAAGUCUCCACUGAAACAAUGUUCAAACCUGUAUAUUUUUUAGUGUUUUCAGUCUUCAAAGGAAAUGUAAAAACAUACAAUGGGUCUGGUGUCACUUCACAAACCCACUUGAUUUAAUCAAUGUGAUCGUGAAAAAAAUAUUAACUGUGCAUUCUAGGGCUGCAGAACAAUUUGUGAUGUGCAUCUCUUCCCAUUAAAAUCAUUAGCAGCCCUGACUGCAUAGAAGCAAGAAACCUGACUGAUAGCUUUGUGGUAGGUGUCAUUAUCAGGGCGUGGCCUGCUGUGCUUUUCAAACUCCAGUACUCAUAUAUACUGUGUUUCCUGUCCCCGACAGAGCUGUUGUGCUUGAGAGGGUCGAGGCCUUGAGCCUGCUCGUGGAGCACUGAACUGUGCAAUAUUUUUCAUGUCAUCGAGAAGUGGAGUUUACAAACCAUGCUUUUGAAAUUGCAGUAGUAUUUUACUAUGGUUUCAUGAAUAAACAGAUUAUAUUUAGAAUAGAUACUAAGAAGUUAGACAUUUUUAAAUGGAUAAUGAAUGACUAGCACACCUGGAAGUCCAUAAUUGCAGAAGUUGAGAUGGCAUCCCAUUAGUGCUGUUCGCAGAGUUGAGGAAAACUCCAUUGCUCCCCAAACGCCCAUGGCACCUGUAAACCCUGGAGCAAAACAAUCGCACUCCCUUGCAUCUGUCAUCGGAGGGGGCUUUCAUUGCAAUUAACAAGACUUCCUGUAGAUUUAAAAGAUAAGCAUGCUGUGUUUCAUAGGUUUGCAUCUCUGUCGAUAUCAAGGGCUCCAGCCAAAGAUUCCAUCAUGACAGAGGAUUCCUCUCCCUAAAGUGGGGUUCUUGAAGACUGUUUUCUUCUAUACCUUGAGGGGUUAACCCUGCAAUCUGGACUUAACUUCCCAGGGGACAGUGGGAACAUCACAAACUUACAGAUGAAAUACGGAAUCUUUUACAUUUAAAGAAAUAGCAAAUAGCAAAACAGAUUGAAUUUUGGUCAUCACCUUGGGGGGGGAAAGGAGAAUUGUCCAUCAGAUCGGUCAACAUCAAUCGAUGAUGUGUACUAAGCGCUUGGGGGAGUACACCAGAGUCCUGCCCUCGAGGAGCGUAAGACUGGAAGAUGCACACCAAACCCUUUUGCGGCCUUUGGACAGUUAGUCACCUUAGGCCAGGGAGUCCAGUCACUUAAACCUAUGAGACACAACACUGCAGCAGCAACUGAAUGUUCCCAUAAACAGAGAGAGGUAACCGAGACCUUCUUUUCAGAUUGACAGUGCAAUCACAGCUCUGGAUGACGGAACAGCCUUUCCCCGUAUUCUUUUGUGAUUGUUACUGCUGCAGCCAGACAGAAGCUGUCUCACCCUUCAGUCCUUAUCUCUGUCCUUUCCGUUUUCCUUUUCUUUUCCUUUUAAGGUAAGACUGGGUAGUUCAGUACCUAUUUACAUUUACCAAAAAAAAAAAAAAAGUUUAAACUGGGGGGAGGGGGGUAGAAGGCAAAGCAAUCCUCAUCCACUUGGAUGUCAUUUUCUAGAUGAACACUGUGUGCUUUUGUAAGAUAAAGGAAAUAUAGUCUUAAGAGGUGAAGAAUGUAUUCUCAUUUGCACUCACGCAACUGUGCUGAAUCUAGACUCUGGUUUCUCUCGAAAGUUAAAGCCAGCGUGACCUGCCUUGGGGGGUGGUAGGGAGUGUGGGGAGGCUGGGUAUGUGUGAAGAGUUGUACUGACCGUUUAACUGUACCAUCCAGCGAGCCUGUUGGUAAACUGUUGAUCUGGGUUUUCCUCCUUUGGCCAAAGUAGACUUCCACAAAGCCCCGGAUGUCAGGGCCGGCCUCGCCAAUGUGGCGUGGUGGGGGCCCAUCAUGUUGGAUCCUGAUGAUCUGGGAGUUGGAGAAGUCCGCCGGAAAAUUGUGUGGCUGUUUUACCAUAGGUAUUAAGAAACCAAAAAACGUACCAUUCUUCUUGUACACCGCUGUUUUGUAUCUUUUGUUUCUUCUAGAAAAGUUGGAUGUUUAGAGUAGAAAAAAGUAGCAUGCUAGAACCGUGACUUCCAUUAGAGUUGACCCCAUGUCACGCCAUCCUCUAGCGCUGUCUUUUUCAAGACCACUCGUUUUUGCCACCUGUUUUGGUUUCAAGAUCAAUUUAACCUAUUUUCAGAGGAAUCAAGACUCCCCCUUGAUCAAAAUCUGGAAGCAGGACUAAUUUGUCUUACGUUUCAUUGAUGGUGAUCAGUUCUGUACAAGAUGUAAGAAUACACUGUGCAAUCUACAUGCUAGCAAUAAAGUGAACCAAAAAUAUUGAAGUCA